CACUUGGGCAAUAGCACAGAAUAGUCUAUGCAGAGACACAAUAACUGAUCGUGGCGCAUAGUCAUCACAUUUGCUCUGCAUGGACAUGACAUUUAACCCUGACAGGUCUAGUGUGAUUCAGAUGUAAUCGCGCAACGUCUACCGGGCACCUCUGAGCUACUUAAAUACCGGGAACCUCCCCCAUGUGCUCCACUGCUGCAGAAAAGCUGCAUCCAGCCAGGGAAGAAAAGGCCAGCCGAAGAUAUUCCAACUCGCUUCUCAGUGUUGUUUCCACAUCACUAUCACUAAACCUUCAAGAUGACUACCAAGGAGAAGCUGAUCACCCAUGUGUUGGCUGGUGAGCCUGUUGGCUCCCGGAGCAAGGUGACAGUGGUUGGCGUCGGCAUGGUUGGCAUGGCCUCCGCAGUCAGCGUCCUGCUCAAGGACCUGUGCGAUGAGCUGUGCCUGAUUGAUGUGAUGGAGGAUAAACUGAAGGGUGAGGUCAUGGACCUGCAGCAUGGCAGCCUCUUCUGCAAGACUCACAAGAUCGUGGGUGACAAGGACUACAGUACGACCGCCCACUCCAAGGUGGUGGUGAUCACCGCCGGUGCUCGUCAGCAAGAGGGCGAGAGCCGUCUGAACCUGGUGCAGCGCAACGUCAACAUCUUCAAAUUCAUAAUCCCCCAGAUCGUCAAGUACAGCCCCAACGCCAUCCUGCUGGUCGUCUCCAAUCCUGUUGACAUCCUAACCUAUGUGGCUUGGAAGCUGAGUGGUUUCCCCCGUCACCGCGUCAUCGGCUCCGGCACCAACCUGGACUCCGGUCGUUUCCGCCACCUGAUGGGCGAGAAGCUACACCUUCACCCCUCCAGCUGUCACGGCUGGAUCAUUGGAGAGCACGGCGACUCCAGCGUGCCCGUAUGGAGCGGCGUGAAUGUUGCUGGUGUUUCCCUGAAGGGCCUGAACCCAGACAUGGGCACAGACGCAGACAAAGAGGACUGGAAGCACGUCCACAAGAUGGUGGUCGACGGUGCCUAUGAGGUCAUCAAGUUGAAAGGUUACACCUCCUGGGCUAUCGGCAUGUCCGUCGCUGACCUGGUUGAGAGCAUCCUGAAAAACCUCCACAAAGUCCACCCCGUGUCCACCCUGGUCAAGGGAAUGCACGGUGUGAAGGAUGAGGUGUUUCUCAGCGUGCCCUGCGUACUGGGCAACAGCGGUCUGACCGACGUCAUCCACAUGACUCUGAAGCCCGAGGAGGAGAAGCAACUGAUCAACAGCGCCGAGACCCUCUGGGGCGUGCAGAAAGAGCUCACCUUGUAAAGAGCCCUCAGUGCCCUUCCGUAACAUCCCCUACCCCCAAUCCCACCUUCUGUAUACCCGUUCCUGUACUCCCCUAUAUUCUUACUAGUGAUGGUACAAAUGAAGCCUUUUAAAUAUCUAUAGGCGGGAUGAAUUGUGUACAGUAACUUUGUUGAGAAGCCAAUGGGAGCUCGGUUUGGCCUCUGAUAAAAAUGAUUAUUUUGGGUGGCAGAAGUAGCUACUUGAUUGGUAUGAUGUAGAAUUUGGAGGAGUCAUUUUGCUGUUGCUAGAUAUGAAUGUGUUGGUUUGUACUAUGUCAUAGAUGUUUCUCGUCUUCCUCACACUCCUUUGCUAUUAAUGUUUUAGAAAGUCUUCAACUGAUUGAAAUUGUGAGCAGGUUGAUUUCCACCAUUGCACUCUUUGUUUAGUGUGUGCUAGAGUUGACCAGAGCCAUUCAGUUGCAAAACUAACCGUAAGUGCACCAAUGCGAGUCUCUCUCAAUGAAAGGUGAGUUCCAUUGGUAUCGGUAGGCAGUAACACUAGGACCAAGUCUGAAGAAAGGCACUGGGUUUGAACACACUGCCAAUUGCACUGUACCUGCUGUUUUGCAUGUCAAUAACAAAAAGCGUUAUAAACAGAGAACUUAUUGAAAUUGUCUGGGCACUCACAUAAAAAAAAAAAUCUGAUGGCACUUCCAAUGUUAUGUUUUGAGUUCAAACUUGACCUGUAAGUAACUGAUGGUGACGGUGACAAUCCUGCUUGUCACCAGUGUUCUGUGCGCUUCUGUGCACCCUAAACGUCUGCUCAGUUUUGUCAUCGUUAAUGAUGAUUUCUCAAACUCAGUCUCUCCAUGUGGCUUUGGACGGAAGCCUCAGUGGCCCAAACUCCGCUGUGACGGUACUGCGAUGAUGGCCUAUACAGUUAUUAUGAGCUGAACUGGAACUAAGGCACUGUACUGUGCUUGUCAGGGCAGCUGGAUGUACUUACGAUCCGAUUUGCUUCACCACCAACCAAAUACAACUACCAGGAUGAAACAA